GGAUAAAGCCCCCUGCAGGACACUUUAUCGCGUCCUCCACUCGCUCUGACGCUUUGCAAUCGCCAGCGGGCCGUCGGACCGAGAAUAGAGUUUGCUGACUAAGCCGGAGACUAGCUACAUACAAGCUCCACGUCAGACUACGUAACCAAACCCCCACCUCGUCACUAGUUGUCUUGCUAUGAUGAGGUUUUCUCGCCCGCUAUUCCUAUCCAGCCUACUGGCCGUCGUGGUUGCGUCCAACGUUGUCGACCUUGGACCAGACAACUUUGACGCGAUCAUUGGUAAGGGUAAACCAGGUCUCGUGGAGUUCUUUGCACCUUGGUGUGGACAUUGCAAAGUAAGUUUACUUCCUGUUCCGUUAUUUUUUUUUUUUUCUUUUACCCCCCUAACUUGGGCAUGUCAGAACCUCGCACCGACGUAUGAGCAGCUUGGAGAUGCAUUUUCGCAUGCAAAAGAUAAGGUCGUUAUCGCCAAAGUCGAUGCCGACGGUGCCGGUCGUCCGCUAGGUGAAAAGUACGGCGUCUCGGGCUAUCCAACACUCAAAUGGUUUGACGAGAAGGGAAAUGCCGAGGCUUACGAAGGAGGCCGAGACCUCGAUGCGUUGGCUACUUUCGUUUCUAAAAAAGCUGGUGUCAAAUCGAAUAUCAAGCCCCCUCCUCCACCGGAAACUCUGAUCCUGGACGCUCACACAUUCAAUGACGUCGCAUUGGACGAUACGAAGGACGUACUCGUAACAUUCACGGCUCCUUGGUGCGGACACUGCAAGAACCUCAAACCGAUUUAUGAACAAGUCGCGCAAGCCUUCAAGCCGGAAAGUAACUGUAUCGUUGCUAACAUUGAUGCGGAUGCCGCCUUGAACAAAGAGCUUGCUGCUCAGUAUGGUGUUGCCUCGUACCCUACCAUAAAAUUCUUCCCUAGGGGUGGCAAGGAGGUGGAAGACUACAAUGGCGCUCGCACUGAAGAAGCUUUUGUCAACUUCCUCAAUGAGAAGUGUGGCACAAACAGAGCCGUUGGUGGUGGCCUCAACGAUCAGGCCGGCCGUCUGGCCGAGUUGGACGCCCUUGCUCAAAAGUUCUUGACAGCAGCAGGUAAUGCAAGGGAUGCAGUGCGCAAGGAGGCCGUCGCCUUGUCGGAGGGUCUGGGGUCCGCAUCUCAAUACUACGCCCGUGUGAUGGAAAAAAUUGUCAAGGACAGUGAAACCUACAUCGAUAAGGAAUCCAAGCGUCUCGCGUCGAUUUUGAACAAGCGCACAUUGGCCUCCGCUAAAUUGGACGAGAUUAAGAUCAAACUCAAUAUUUUGAAGGCGUUCGUCUCUCAAAAGUUGGAGGAAGCUGAAGAAGAGGAGGUGAACGGUUUUGGAAGAGCUACUGCUGAGCUUUGAGUUCCCUGUAGGAGUAAAUGCAUAUGCUAGAACCAUCUUAUUGUGGAUUGUGGUGCUCCCACUAGAAGGACGGACAUUUGUUUCUACCUAUGCUGUGGAAUGUUCCUAGUGCCACGAACGCCCACCCACUAGUACAGCAAGUCUCCAAUGACACGUUGCAGGCACGCGGGAGAGAAGGCAUUAUUAACCCGAUCAUUGCUUGC